UGACCUGGUUUCAGAAUAUUUCUUUGUUUUCUUGUUCAACUAUUCUUCAAGAAACAGUAACCUGUAGAAGACCUGAAAAGUAUCGAAAUAUCUUAUUUCAGCCACACAAAUACGAGUUAUAUGUGAGGUACAAUGCCUUCAGAGUUAGCUGGAAUGACAAUGAUUGUGGUGUGUUUCAUGGUAGGAGUAGGAUGCUCAGGAAAGAAGAAAUUUGAUUGUUUGAUAGGAUUUGAUGAAAGUACAGUAAUAUAUUGGAAAGCCGGAGAACAACUGAUUUGCCAGAUAGAAAAAAUGAACUCAGAUGUUUACACUAUCAAUAUAGAUAAGAAUGGUACAGACUGGUUAGAAUAUAAAACCACAGAUCAGCUGAUUGUUGGUAACCCUGAAAAGGAUAAUGUAGGCAGUUCUAAUAUAUUUAUCACAGUUAGUUCUGAACAUUGUACAUCUACUGUUCCCUGGAAAGUGGCAGUAACAUUUGUUAUAGAAUUUCCUCAACAGAUUUCCACUGCAGAGAUUUCUUGAUGUUUGUUUUAAAUGAAGCAUGAUAAAUAGAAUAUUGAUAGAUGUAGAAGCAUGCAGACUGUUGCAGAAUGAGAAUGCAGUGAAGUCACUACAGGGAUAUUCAUGUGACAGUCCUCCGGAAGUUUUCAAACCAGUUAACCAUAUUCAGACUACAGCUGGUGAUGUUUUCAAACUUGACCUUGACCCUCUGACCUUUGUUGACAAAGAGGAUGGAAAUGCCAGACAGCUACAGAUUACUUUAAAGGCAUUAUUCAACUUUGAUUUGGAAGAUAAUUUUUGGUUAAAACUGGAUAAAACAGGAUUGUUCCUUUAUGGAAUUCCCCUAAACAAUGAUAAUAUGUAUGUUGUCAGUCUGGUUGCCAUGGAUACAUGUCAGCAAAGUGUUGUUGAUUCAAUUAGGUUAGAAGUGAUGGAAAAUUCCAAAACCUACAGCCACGAAUUUACAAUUUAUUUUGGAAAUGAUAGCCCUUCUAGUUUUGAUGUUUACAAAUUUAUCAAUGGACUAAGUCAAUGGUUAGAUUUCACAGAUCCCACUCAGAUCCAUGUCUCAAAUGCAGAUUCAGAACUUCUUAUUAUAUCUUGGAUAGACAAAUCCUUAUCUACAGAUUUCUGUGAAAGAAGUAAAAUUUUAGACACAUACUACCAAAUGGCAGAUGAAAAUGGUACAAUCUUGGAUGAAUUCAGUUGUUAUUUUUCACCAUUUUUCAAUGUAACUGGAGUUUUUGUUGAUUUCAAAGAUGUCUGUAAUAUGACAGACCUGUUGUGGACAUCAACCAAUUCCAACAUGGAAACUGAAUCCUACAAUGAUGAAAUGUAUUUGUUUUAUAUUUUGAUCCCUGUUGCAGUUUUAACAAUGGUAAUAUUAGUGGUCAUUAUAAUUAUGCUAGUUCGAAAAUGUGCCAAACGUAACAAGUAUGUGAUGCACUCUGAAAAACCUGUUUAUCUUACAGAUCGACAACCCGUCAUAUUUCAGAAUGAAUACAAUGAUGAAGAAACAUCUCUCAGACCACAGAUUCCAAUAGUUAUUGAUAACUUUGACACAGGAUUUUUGUCAUCUAAUGGGAGGAGUGUAGUCAGUCCCCCAUCUUAUAUUCCUCCAGAACAUUCAGACCCCCCUCAGUAUAGGCUACCACCGCCGUACAGUAUGUCAAGCAUAUGAGAUGUAAGGAUUAUAUUCCAUAUAAUUACUGAAAAUUCAGAAAUUUUUGCAAGGUUUUUAAUAAUGGGAAUAAUGCGACUGUGUGGGUAUUGCAAUAAUUAGAACUCAUAUUCUGAUAUCUGAUACAUUUAUCUUUAUACAGAUUUUCCAGAAAUUGCAAUAAUUAAACUCACAUUUUUGUCAAUUCUUCAAAAAUCACAAUAAUCAUAAUAAUAAAUGCAUGCAAUAAUUUGUGAAUUUACAGUAUAUCAGGGAGUUCAUUGUUUUUGUUUUGCUAGUUUUUAUGUUGUUUUUUUAUAGUUUUGUUUUUUUGUUUUUUGGGAGUUGUUGCAUUUAACAUUAUUUACCAAAACUCUUUUUUUUCUCACUAUAAUGAAUCUGCCGUAUGUCUUCCAACUAGUACUACUUUUACGGGGGAUGUUUAAGGACUUUGACUACCCAUGAGGGUCAUGCACGGUCGGUCUAUUAAUAAUCACAAAAUAAACACAUUCUGUUCUCAUUAUGGGUGAGUAGAUAAUAUAAAGAUAGGAAGAUGUGGUAUGAUGUGCCAAUGAGACAAUUCUCCACCAGAGACCUAAUGACGUAGAAGUUAACAACUAUAGGUCACCGUGCGACCUACUUCAAAAAAGAUUAUUAAAAAUGCUGAUUCUCCAAGAACAUGAAGAACACUGAGUGCCCUCUGUAUGGUGCAGGUGUCAGUUUAAUGUCAAAUACUAACAUGACUUAGUCAAAGCAAUAAAUUUGUUAAAGGGUUAGAAAGAGAUAAAAAUAUAGGA